AUAUAUAGUCUAGAUAGGAAUGAUGAUCGUCUUUAGCUGAUGUAUACCAAUAUGAAUAUGUGACAAGAAAAAUUAUUUAAUGGAAACUGCCUAUACAUAUUAAAGUAAUUCUCAUAUAUUUCUGUGACCAGCUUUGGUUUAUUAAAUUUAAUACAAAAUAAUAGUGGCACUGAUCCAUAGAAGCCAAGCUUCUCUAUCUUUCUCUUUCCUCACUUUCUUUCUAUCUCAAAGAAGAAGAAAGAGAGAGAGAUACAAACCCUAAACAUCGUGCCCUUGAAGCUAAGAUAUCUUCAGUUUUGUAGAAAUUCAUUUUGCUUACUUCAUUGCGCUCUCUCUUUCAUUGUCUUCUACCUCUUGCCUCUAACAGAAGCAAUACUUUCCGGCCUCCAAGGGCAAAGGUCGAAAAAAGCAUCAAAGUUUGCUUAAAGAAGAGUACGGAUAAUGGAGAUAGGGUCGUCAUCCACAGUGGCCGGAGGAGGACAGCUUUCUGUGCCUCCGGGAUUCCGGUUUCAUCCAACGGAGGAGGAGCUUCUUUACUAUUACCUCAAGAAGAAGGUUUCUUAUGAACCAAUUGAUUUAGAUGUAAUUAGAGAAGUUGAUCUCAACAAGCUGGAACCUUGGGAACUUAAAGAGAAAUGCAGAAUCGGGUCGGGUCCUCAAAACGAGUGGUAUUUUUUUAGCCACAAGGACAAGAAAUAUCCGACUGGGACUAGAACGAACCGGGCGACUGCAGCCGGGUUCUGGAAAGCUACUGGUAGAGACAAAUCCAUACAUCUAAACAGCUCCAAGAAGAUUGGACUUCGUAAGACUCUUGUCUUCUACACUGGUCGUGCUCCUCAUGGCCAAAAAACGGAAUGGAUCAUGCACGAAUAUCGCUUGGAUGAUAACGAAAACGAAAUUCAGGAAGAUGGGUGGGUUGUAUGCAGAGUGUUCAAGAAGAAGAAUCAUUUCAGAGGAUUUCAUCAAGAACAAGAGCAAGAUCAUCAUCAUCAUCAUCACCAAUACAUAAGCACCAACAAUGAUCAUGAUCACCAUCAUCACAUUGACUCCAAUUCAAACAAUCAAACUUCUUUGAUCCCACAUCCUCUAGAUCAUCAUCACCACCAUCAUCACAUUGGACGACAAAUCCACAUGCCAUUACAUGAGUUUGCAAACACUCUGAACCAUGGCUCAAUGCAUCUACCUCAGCUCUUUAGCCCUGACUCAGCUGCAGCAGCGGCUGCGGCAGCAGCAUCAGCCCAACCGUUUGUGUCAUCAAUCAACACAACAGACAUUGAAUGCUCACAGAAUCUACUGAGGCUGACUUCUAACAACAACUAUGGUGGAGACUGGUCGUUUCUGGACAAGCUUCUCACUACAACCAACAUGAAUCAGCAACAAGUGCAGAACCAUCAAGCAAAAUGUUUUGGUGACUUGAGUAACAACGAUAAUAACGACCAGGCUGUUACUCAUGAUCAUUUGGGUAACAACAAUGGUGGUUCUUCGUCAUCUCCGGUUAAUCAAAGGUUUCCGUUUCACUACUUGGGAAACGAUGCUAACCUUCUCAAGUUCCCAAAGUAGAUCAAUCGGAUUUGAUUGAUCUCAUGUUUUUCGAUUUAAUUCUCUUUUUUUAGCUGUGGAACUUGACACAGCAACCAACUGACAGUUCGAGGAAUCUGUCUGUCUUUUCUAUUUAUAAUUCUGUCUUUCAUUUAUGAUC